CAGCAGAUCCUCGUGAGAGUGUGAUUCACCUGAGAGCAGAUCCUAUAGGAUGAAACAUGUUCAGUCUCUGGUUUUCUCCUCCUUAUAUCACCAAACCAACCAGGCCACAGGGAGGACCUUCAGGCACACAGCAGUCAGGUUUUUUUUUUUUUUUUUUAAGCUUCUCUCUUGUGUUGUUAAAGGAGUUUCAGAUCAGAGGUGGUGAGAGAAGCAGUCACUUCUCUGAGAUGAAGGCCAAAGCGUUGUCAGUGAGAGAGUGCGCCUGGUUGUCAGAGGAGUGCCACCAAGUAGAAGAUCUGGAAGACUCCCAGAGGGACGGCCUGUGCCUACCAAACAUCUUCAGGUCCAAAAAAGUCAAGCCGCUCACUAGAAUUCAAACUGGACCCACUUACCAGAUCUACUAUACAGCUCAAGAGCUCCUUCUGGAGGUUCUGGACAAAGGAGCCGUGCGAGAGCUGAUCAGGAGAGCGGCUAGGGUGAAAUCAGGAGUUAAGCACCAGAGCAGAGAGCAGAACAUAGAUCUCUCUGAGGGGGAGUAUGCCGAGGCGCUAACAUGGUUCUCCAUAGUCCUGCAGAGCGGUCUGUCUGUCGGAGAGAACUGCAGCUUUGGAUCCGAGCUCACCUUGAAACUGGACGGCUGGCAGAGUGUCCUCAAGAGGAACAGCUUCCAGACAAACCUCCUGUCCCUGACCAGACUGGAGGAUGGAGACAAGUUGGAAACACUCUCUGCUUUCUGUAGCCACAAAACCAGGCGAUACCAGGCCUUGUACAAACCUGGUCCCAACUUGGCUGUGAAGAAAUACAGACUGACUUACCAGGAGAGUCCCUGCACUCUCCAUCUGGCUCUCCUUUGUGAUAUAAGCUCUGGAUUCAUCUGUAAUGUGUAUCUGUACUGUCCAGAGCAGCUCCAGAAGCAGAGCAGGAAACCUGUGGUGGAGCAGGUGGUGGGCCACCUGCUGAGACCUUUCUGCAGCCACAAACACCUGAUCCAGCUGGACAAAUCUGCCUGGAUGGAGUGCAAACUAACAGACACCUUCUCUGGCUUAGGAGUUGAUCUUACAUUCGUUUCAAAUGUCCAACAAACAUCUGAGGACUCACUGUCUCACCUCUUAACCCACUUACAGGGCUGGACCGGACCUGCUCUGUUUCCUCUGUCAGACCUGAAAGGAUCAGCAGCAGAUUUGUUUCUCCCAGGCCUCUGGGCAAUGCUGCACAUCAUCUGCAUUAAUACAUUCGUGCUCCACACACUGCAGAGCUCGGGCUCAGACAGACAUGUCCACCUCACAGAGUUCACCAGGAGUCUGGCCUCUCAGCUGGCCGCGGAUAGCUGCGUCACUGUGCCUGUUCUGCAGCAGUUAAACAGCACUUCCUGUCAUGAGACGAGUUCAACAAAGCACAGCAGCUGUGGUCGGGUGAUGGAAAGAGAAAAACGAAGCUGCAGCUCUGCGGGGAGGCUGCGGCGGCUGAACAGACCUGGAGUGUGUGGUUUGGACAACUCGGGUAACUCCUGCUACCUGAACGCUGUAUUUCAGUGUCUGUGCUCUACUGUGCCCCUGGUAGAGCACCUCCUGAAUCCGGACACCCGUAAAGAGCUGGCACGGUCUAAGUGCCGGGUGGCUGAAGUGUUUGUCCGCCUGCUGCAGGAGAUGUGGUUAGGAGGGAGCUCCAGCUGCGCCCCUGUGGAGGCCAGAUCUGUGCUAACCUCCAUCCUCCCCCAGUUCAACAACUACUCCCAGCAGGACGCACAGGAGCUGCUGCUCUUUCUGCUCAAUGCGCUCCAUGAAGACUUCAAAAAGGUUUCAAAGCAGCAGAUUCGCUUGACGAUGCGACAGCCGAGACCAGAGCAGAAGAGAAACCAUGCCACAGCAGCUGGGGAGUCCACCAUCGUCUCUCGUCUGUUUGAGGGCCAGCUGAGCUACAUGACCCUCUGCAUGCACUGUGACCACCAGGCUUACAGCACACAGACCUUCACUGUGCUGUCACUACCCAUCCCAACAGGCAUCAUUAAGUGCUCCAUUCAGGACUGCAUGUCCCUGUUCUUUGAGCAGACCGUCCUGACAGGGGGAGAGCAGAUGUUGUGUUCAGUGUGUGGUCUGAGGAGAGAGACAGCCGUGCUUACAUGUUUGGAUAAACCUCCUGAGAUCCUCAUGUUGCACCUGAAAAGGUUUGGUUGUAAGGGGAAGAACCAGGUGAAACUGAGGACUAAUGUUUUAUUCUCCAUGAAGCUCGACCUCAACCCCUUUCUAUCCAGCUCAGUGCAGAACACCUCGUUUUCUUCAUACUGCCUUUAUGCUGUCGUGAACCACUCAGGACAUCUGAACAUGGGUCACUACACGGCCGUGUGUCACAGCUCCCUGACUCAGACCUGGCACUGUUUUGACGACUCAGCAGUCAGAGAGGUUCAAGACGGCCACGUUCAAACUCCAAACGCCUACAUGUUGCUCUACAGCCGCAAGCCCUUUCAAAAACCAAAGAUCAGCGGACUCUGA